AUGCCCUCCGCUUCCAGAAAAGAGCUAGCCAUCUCGACCGAACAUGCCAAGUCUUGCAACUCGGUUUCGGCCGACGACGGCAAGCUCGAGGAUCAUAGAUCCAGGAUCACAGCCACUGGGACGGACAACCCAGAAUACGAUGGCGCCACGCCGUGGGCUGAACUGGCUCGACUGGGUUGA